CCAUGCUGUGGUACCUCCUGCCCUGCCAGCCCAGCUGCCACAUUACCUGGCUGGUUCUGGCUGCCCUUCUCCUGCUGCUGACGGGCUGUGUGUCUGUGUCUCUGGAAGAGCUGCCCAAAGGCUCAGGGGACAUAGCUGGCAGCGGCUCCAUGAGCGCCAGCACUAACACUAACGCUCGCCAGUACAACUCUAUCCAGCACGGAUCCUGCACCUAUACCUUCCUGUUGCCAGAGAACGCUGGGGGGAACAGGCCGUGCUGGACGGAGGGGGAGGGGGUCGGCGGCUCCAGCACCAGCCAGGGACAGGGCCAGUACCAGGGGAACACUCUACAAGGAGAUGCCCCACUGAUAAAGCCCAACAUCCCAGGACCGGCCCCGGCUCUGGGCAGCCAGAGGAUCCAACACCUGGAGCACGUCAUGGACAACUACACACAGUGGCUUCAGAAGGUCAGAGCAUGUUCUCUAUGCAUCCAGUAUAGUAGUAGUUGAUGUAAAGAAUAAAACCUGACGUUUCAGUCUAAACAGAGCUUUAUCAACCAUGGCUGUGCAGGUCAAAAUGAUCUGCUUUUUUAUCAGAUUGAACUAUGUGCUAUUGCAUUUAUAACACAUUAGCCAAAGUUGUUAUCAAAACAAAUCUAAGAAGCGGUAGUUCGGUUCUAUGUACGCUAUUUCUAUGCUUCCCGUUCUUGAGUUUAGUUUUUUGUGUCGUCUGUUUUGUACACCAGUUUCAAACAGUUGAAAAUACAAUGUUUUUUCGGUUCUGGAAAACAUAUUUCACAGUAGUUUAGAUGGUACAAUUAUUCUCUACACUAUCCUUGCUUAUUUUGUCACAAAAACUGAAAUUAGGCAAACUAUUAGAAUUUUUGCAACCAGGAAAUGCCGGAGCGAUUUCUGCAUAGUGCAUCUUUAAGUGCACUAUAUCAGCAUUGAGUGUGUUUCAACCCCAUGAACCAUUUGGACCAAGCCAAAUGUGUCCUGCCAUAAUGAAUAUUAUUAUUAUAGGAAACAUUUGGCUCUGUCCAACCUGGAUCCAUCUCUUUCCUCUAUGUCUGUUUAUUUGGUCGUUAGGUUGUGAUGUUCUGAGUGUGUCCGGCUGGCGUGGCUGUCCUUAAGAAAACACUGUGUUGUCUGUCUGAACCUUCUCACACUGGGUCACAUUGGCCCCAUCUGGGGGUGGGGGGUCAAUUUCUAGGAAUGGGCUCAGCUUUAGGCAGUGCUCAGUCUGUCUGUCUGUCUCUUUCUGUCUGUCUGUCUGUCUACCACUUCAGUAUUAACAGACUACCACUUCAGUAGAAACAGUCUACCACUUCAGUAGAAACAGACUACCACUUCAGUAUUAACAGACUACCACUUCAGUAGAAACAGACUACCACUCCAGUAUUAACAGAUUACAACUUCAGUAUUAACAGACUACCACUUCAGUAGAAACAGACUACCACUUCAGUAGAAACAGACUACCACUUCAGUAGAAACAGACUACCACUUCAGUAAAAACAGACUACCACUUCAGUAUAAACAGACUACCACUUCAGUAGAAACAGACUACCACUUCAGUAGAAACAGACUACCACUUCAGUAAAAACAGACUACCACUUCAGUAUUAACAGACUACAACUUCAGUAUUAACAGACUACCACUUCAGUAAAAACAGACUACCACUUCAGUAAAAACAGACUACCACUUCAGUAUUAACAGACUACCACUUCAGUAGAAACAGACUACCACUUCAGUAGAAACAGACUACUACUUCAGUAAAACAGACUACCACUUCAGUAGAAACAGACUACCACUUCAGUACAAACAGACAACCACUUCAGUAUUAACAGACUACCACUUCAGUAGAAACAGACUACCACUUCAGUAGAAACAGACUACCACUUCAGUAGAAACAGACUACCACUUCAGUAUUAACAGACCACCACUUCAGUAGAAACAGACUACCACUUCAGUAGAAACAGACUACCACUUCAGUAUUAACAGACCACCACUUCAGUAAAAACAGACUACCACUUCAGUAGAAACAGACUACCACUUCAGUAGAAACAGACUACCACUUCAGUAUUAACAGACCACCACUUCAGUAGAAACAGACUACCACUUCAGUAGAAACAGACUACCACUUCAGUAUAAACAGACUACCACUUCAGUAUUAACAUACUACCACUUCAGUAUUAACAUACUACCACUUCAUUAUUAACAGACUACCACUUCAGUAGAAACAGACUACCACUUCAGUAAAAACAGACUACCACUUCCGUAGAAACAGACUACCACUGCAGUAGAAACAGACUACUACUUCAGUAUUAACAGACUACAACUUCAGUAUUAACAGACUACCACUUCAGUAGAAACAGACUACCACUUCAUUAUUAACAGACUACCACUUCCGUAGAAACAGACUACCACUGCAGUAGGAACAGACUACAACUUCAGUAUUAACAUACUACCACUUCAGUAGAAACAGUCUACCACUUCAGUAUUAACAGACUACCACUUCAGUAUAAACAGACUACAACUUCAGUAUAAACAGACUACCACUUCAGUAAAAACAGACUACCACUUCAGUAGAAAGACUACCACUUCAGUAGAAACAGACUACCACUUCAGUAGAAACAGACUACCACUUCAGUAGAAACAGUCUACCACUUCAGUAUUAACAGACUACCACUGCAGUAUUAACAGACUACCACUUCAGUAUUAACAGACUACCACUUCAGUAAAAACAGACUACCACUUCAGUAGAAACAGACUACCACUUCAGUAGAAACAGACUACCACUUCAGUAGAAACAGUCUACCACUUCAGUAUUAACAGACUACCACUUCAGUAUUAACAGACUACCACUUCAGUAUUAACAGACUACCACUUCAGUAAAAACAGACUACCACUUCAGUAGAAACAGACUACCACUUCAGUAGAAACAGACUACCACUUCAGUAGAAACAGACUACCACUUCAGUAUUAACAGACUACCACUUCAGUAGAAACAGACUACUACUUCAGUAUUAACAGACUACUACUUCAGUAUUAACAGACUACCACUUCAGUAUAAACAGACUACAACUUCAGUAUUAACAGACUACCACUUCAGUAAAAACAGACUACCACUUCAGUAGAAACAGUCUACCACUUCAGUAUUAACAGACUACCACUUCAGUAUUAACAGACUACCACUUCAGUAUUAACAGACUACCACUUCAGUAAAAACAGACUACCACUUCAGUAGAAACAGACUACCACUUCAGUAGAAACAGACUACCACUUCAGUAGAAACAGACUACCACUUCAGUAUUAACAGACUACCACUUCAGUAGAAACAGACUACUACUUCAGUAUUAACAGACUACUACUUCAGUAUUAACAGACUACCACUUCAGUAUAAACAGACUACAACUUCAGGAUUAACAGACUACCACUUCAGUAAAAACAGACUACCACUUCAGUAUUAACAGACUACCACUUCAGUAUAAACAGACUACCACUUCAGUAGUUUGGCACCAAUUUGUUCCACAAUGGUUUGGAAGAGUGUUUAUGAUAUAUGAACUUAACUUAACAUAGAUGCUAAUGAAUAAGUUGGCAAGUGUUGUAGAUAGCCGUCAUACUUUGAAUGCAUGAAUUGGACACAGGAAUUGUUUCAUCAAAAACAAUAAACAUUGACAUAUAAUAGCUCAUGCCCACAUGUUAAUGGACCUCUAUAUAAACUCCAGAUUUCACAUAAUAAGUGCCAAGAUAAUAAAAUCUUAGAAGGGUUGACUGUGUGAAAACAUUCUGUAUGCUGCAUACAUUGCCAACCAACAAAAUUAUACAUGAAGACUUUCCUCAAACUUCAUUCUGGUUAUCGUGUGUAAACCACUCAGGACUUUUCUCUCAGCAUCAUGGCAAAAUGUGUAGAUUAGCAGGAAAUUAGCUUAAAAAAUGUGAAAUAUUCUGUCAGCCUCAUGACAAAAUGUGAAUAAUAGCAUGAGAUGAGCUAUAAAACAGCACAUCUUUCUCUCCACCCCAUGGAAAAAUGUGUAGAAUUGCAGGGAAAUUAGCUUUAAAACUGCAACAUUUUCUCUUAGCUUCAUGACAAAAUGUGUAGAAUAGUAUUAUAAAACUGCAAAAUAAGCUUAAAGACCCAACCACAUAUACCUCCCGAGUGGUGCAGUGGUCUAAGGCACUGCAUCGCAGUGCUAGCUGUGCCACUAGAGAUCCUGGUUAGAAUCCAGGCUCUGUCGUAGCCGGCCAUGACCGGGAGACCCAUGGGGCGGCGCACAAUUGGCCCAGCGUCGUCCAGGGUAGGGGAGGGAAUAGCCGGCAGGGAUGUAGCUCAGUUGGUAGAGCAUGGCGUUUGCAACGCCAGGAUUGUGGGUUUGUUUCCCACGGGGGUUAUAAAAAAAUAUAUAUAAUGUAUGCACUCACUAACUGUAAGUCGCUCUGGAUAAGAGCGUCUGCUAAAUGACUUAAAUGUAAAUGUAAAAUGUAAUGUCAUAGAGACCAGGCCAGAGGGAAUCUAGCCACACAGUAGACGUUCUCAAAUUGAAAAUCAUACUUAGGGUGAUCUGUUACGUUAAAUCAGGGAUGAAGUGAGACAUGAAUCUAGCUUUGCGAUGUAAAUUUUUCAUAUGCCAUUGUUGUGACUAUCUAACUGUAACGGUAAUUUCCAAACUGUACAUUUUUGGAACUACAUAGUUUGAAAAGCUGUCCAAGGCUAAACUCAAACUGAUUGAUAUGAACUGAAAAGGCCAUGGCUUGAAAACCGGGGUAACAGGAAAACUAUCAACUUCAAUGAAUCACUGAAUGACCCUGAGCUGUCACAAAAAAAACCGACAUAUUUUUAAAGCAUAUUGCUGGGAAAGACCUCUCCUCUCCUCAUUGUAAUCAUCAUCAGGAUAGUGAACUUGAGAUGGAUAAUGUCAUUGGCAGCUGAGCCCUGUCCACAUGAUGUAUCUGUGGUAGAAAACAUACAGAUGCAGUCCCAUGACUGAUCUCUCCUGGUUGACUAAAGGGAAAUGACUGAACUCAACAACCCUGAAAGAUCCCUCCCUAAGUAGCUGACCAGGGGCCAAGGAAAUCCUUAGACAGGACCAUAUUGAUGCAGUAAAUCCUUAAAUCCAAAAUUACUGAAGGGAAUGAAUACAUAUCCAACUUAUUUUCUUCCCUGGAUAUAAUUUCAUUAUUUCUGGUUGGUUCCUUGGAAGUUGUGGGAACGUAUGUUUUGGUUUCACAUUGGUUGUGGGAACGAAGCCAUACGUUUCCUGACCGGUAAAAUAUAACGUUUUCAAACGUUCUGAGAACAGAAGAUUUUGUCUCUAUUCUGGGAACUUUUAUUUUUAGGUUGCAGAGAGGUUCUGAGAAUGUUUUACUCUGGUUCCUUCAAAGUUUUACUGGGAGGUUUUAUUAAUGCUCUGAGAACAGAAACUAUAGGUUAUUUAAUAACUUCCUGAAAACAUUCACUAUGUUUCAAUAAGACUGCUAGCUUAUUUUGGGUUGACUUUUUGAACUUCAAGCACAAAUAGACCAGUUGGUUGUUCAGCAACAAAACCAACGCAUGUGCAACUACAGUGGGGAAAAAAAAGUAUUUAGUCAGCCACCAAUUGUGCAAGUUCUCCCACUUAAAAAGAUGAGAGAGGCCUGUCAUUUUCAUCAUAGAUACACGUCAACUAUGACAGACAAAAUGAGGGGAAAAAAUCCAGAAAAUCACAUUGUAGGAUUUUUUAUGAAUUUAUUUGCAAAUUAUGGUGGAAAAUAAGUAUUUGGUCAAUAAAAAAAGUUUCUCAAUACUUUGUUAUAUACCCUUUGUUGGCAAUGACACAGGUCAAACGUUUUCUGUAAGUCUUCACACACUGUUGCUGGUAUUUUGGCCCAUUCCUCCAUGCAGAUCUCCUCUAGAGCAGUGAUGUUUUGGGGCUGUCGCUGGGCAACACGGACUUUCAACUCCCUCCAAAGAUUUUCUAUGGGGUUGAGAUCUGGAGACUGGCUAGGCCACUCCAGGACCUUGAAAUGCUUAUUACGAAGCCACUCCUUCGUUGCCCGGGCGGUGUGUUUGGGAUCAUUGUCAUGAUGAAAGACCCAGCCACGUUUCAUCUUCAAUGCCCUUGCUGAUGGAAGGAGGUUUUCACUCAAAAUCUCACGAUACAUGGCCCCAUUCAUUCUUUCCUUUACACGGAUCAGUCGUCCUGGUCCAUUUGCAGAUAAACAGCCCCAAAGCAUGAUGUUUCCACCCCCAUGCUUCACAGUAGGUAUGGUGUUCUUUGGAUGCAACUCAGCAUUCUUUGUCCUCCAAACACGACGAGUUGAGUUUUUACCAAAAAGUUAUAUUUUGGUUUCAUCUGACCAUAUGACAUUCUCCCAAUCCUCUUCUGGAUCAUCCAAAUGCACUCUAGCAAACUUCAGACGGGCCUGGACAUGUACUGGCUUAAGCAGGGGGACACGUCUGGCACUGCAGGAUUUGAGUCCCUGGCGGCGUAGUGUGUUACUGAUGGUAGGCUUUGUUACUUUGGUCCCAGCUCUCUGCAGGUCAUUCACUAGGUCCCCCCGUGUGGUUCGGGAUUUUUGCUCACCGUACUUGUGAUCAUUUUGACCCCACGGGGUGAGAUCUUGCGUGGAGCCCCAGAUCGAGGGAGAUUAUCAGUGGUCUUGUAUGUCUUCCAUUUCCUAAUAAUUGCUCCCACAGUUAAUUUCUUCAAACCAAGCUGCUUACCUAUUGCAGAUUCAGUCUUCCCAGCCUGGUGCAGGUCUACAAUUUUGUUUCUGGUGUCCUUUGACAGCUCUUUGGUCUUGGCCAUAGUGGAGUUUGGAGUGUGACUGUUUGAGGUUGUGGACAGGUGUCUUUUAUUCUGAUAACAAGUUCAAACAGGUGCCAUUAAUACAGGUAACAAGUGGAGGACAGAGGAGCCUCUUAAAGAAGAAGUUACAGGUCUGUGAGAGCCAGAAAUCUUGCUUGUUUGUAGGUGACCAAAUACUUACUUUCCACCAUAAUUUGCAAAUAAAUUCAUAAAAAAUCCUACAAUGUGAUUUUCUGGAUUUCUUUUUCUCAAUUUGUCUGUCAUAGUUGAUGUGUACCUAUGAUGAAAAUUACAGGCCUCUCUCAUCUUUUUAAGUGGGAGAACUUGCACAAUUGGUGGCUGACUAAAUACUUUUUUUCCCCACUGUAUGGGGCAAAACAGACAGGGUUGGCCUUGAUUGUUGACAACAUGUAAAAUAUAUUUUGUCUUCAAAAUAAAUACAUUUUCACAAUCAGCACUUGUCUCUCAAAUAAAUCGUUACAGUUGUUGGUUAGCUAGCUAGUGAAUUUUAGCCAUAUAAGCAUUGACAUGAAAUCAGUCAAAACACAACAUGGUUUCAAGAACAAGAUAGAACCAGCUGAAAAUAGCCACCUACGAUUCCCCAUAUGGCAGAUUCUUGUCAUUGUUGCUUGCUAUCUGACGGUUCAGAAUCAUAAUAAAGCACAGCUUCCGGCGCCAUUGAUGCACAUGCUUCAUUUUCAUGACAUUGCAAGCCAACCCAUCUAUAGGACACUAAUCCUAUAAAUGCGUUUGCAUUAAUCAUGCAAACACAUUUAUUUUUUAUUGUGACACAGCAUCAGUGAGAUUUGAACCUAUAAUCUUCUGUUGUUCAUCCAUGGAAUUAGUCCACUGCGCCACCAGUAUGGAGCUAGCAUGCCAUGUUUUUUUACGCUUUCACAGCUGUUCAUUUUAGUCUAUUCAAACAGACCCAUUUCAAAGGAAACAAGCACUCAUUAAGAUCACACACUUAACAAGACAGAGGAUAGAGAGAGUUUUGUUGAUGCUGAGAACGGAAUGUAUAUGUUUUUAAAUAACUUUCUUAAAAUGUUCUCUGAAUGUUACUGAAGUUUUCUUAUGGUUUUUAUGGAACGUUUUCUUAACGUUCUGAGAACAGGUUGUAUGUUUUUAAAUAACAUUCUUAGAAUGUUCUCUGAACAUUACUAACGUUUUCUUGUGGUUUUUAUGGAAAGUUUUCUUAACGUUCUUGGAACAAUUUGAGAACAUUACUUUAAGUAGAACCAUGAGGAAACCUGUAGGAAACCAUAUGCUGAAGUGCUGAAAUUCCCACAGAAGAACUUUGUUUCUUAACGUUCUCUGAACUAUUUGAGAACAUUCUCAAUGUCAAGUCAGUUGGAAAGUGUUCCUAGAACAUUACCAAAAUUGAAAUUAAAUGUAACCAUGUUUGAACUUUUCUCACAGCCAAUGAAGUGGAGUGUACAGAACACCUGGAGUCUGGCGAGAGAGGUAAAGCCCUAAACAUCUCUUCAUACCUCCUCUGUGUUUGUGUUUCAGAUUGAGAGCUAUGUGAAGGACAGUCUGAAGGUGCAGAUGGCUCAGCUGCAGCAAAGUGCUGUCCACAACCACACAGCCGCCAUCUUGGAUCUAGGCACCAACCUCCUGACCCAGACUGCCCAGCACACACGGAAACUGACAGAUGUAGAGACCCAGGUGCAGUAUGAAUCAUAUACAAAUAUCCCUCUCCAAAGAACAUUAAAGUGCAUGUUAUGAUAUCAGUAACACUUACUACUUAAUCAUGUAGCCUACACAGCAAUUAUCCUUAUUUCAUUGGAUGAAUAGGCCUAUGAAGUCCAUUAAAAUACAUGUUAACACUUUUAGCCUAUAUAAAUCAUGUCUAUACACUUGACUGGGUGAAUUUGAAUGAUAGUAACAGUUUCCUGAUGGACAGGUGUUGAAUCAGACCUCGAGGCUGGAGAUUCAGCUCCUGGAGAACUCUCUGUCCACCAACAAACUGGAGACCCAGCUCCUCCACCAAUCUACAGAGAUCAGCAAACUGCACGACAAGAAUUGGUAAAAUCAACAUGGAUUAUUUUCUUCCCAGUUCUGUCUUGAUUUAUUGGCCGACUGACUGACUGACUGACUGACUGUUUGAUUGAUUGAUUGACUGAUUGACUGACUGACUGAUCGACUGAUCGACUGAUCAACUGAUUGUCAAAUCACUUGUAUUGAUCAGGCUCUUGGAGCAGAAGAUGCAGGAGCUGGAGUCUGGGCACCAUGAGGAGCUGGCUACCUUACAGAAGGAGAGGUCCAGCCUGCAGCAGCUGGUAGCCAGACAGAGCAGUGUGAUCACAGAGCUACACACCCAUCUGGACCAGGCCACUGGCAACAACAGUAUCCUGCUUAGUCAACAACAGCAGCUCACUGACACCGUCAACAGUCUGAUGAAACUCUGCUCUAAGGACAGAGGGUCUGGAGGUACUGGAUGGAUGCUGGGGCCAAUGUUUCCUGUUACAGAAAGUAGAAAUAAAAUACUCUGGGGUAUGAAUAUCAUAGCAUAGAUAGGAAUGAUUUCCGGGAAGAGGGAGUUGGCUUUAAAAGCUCUAGGUAGGGUUAAAUACAACAGAGGUACUGGAGGAUAUAUUGUGGCAAAUGUUCACAGGUUCAGACAAGGUAUUCUCUGGGCACAGAUAAAGCCUAUACCUGGACUAAGAAGGCUGGACUAACCCAGUGAGCACCGGCCGACAUCCAUGGACGUUAAAAAGAGGUUGAAACUUGGUCCGGAGCGGCCUUGAUUUCAAUGUCCACAGACGUCCAGACCGGACUUGAUUCGGCCCAAACACAGAUGUCUAAGUUUGAUUCAAAUUUAGUCUGGACAGGCCUUGAUUUGGCCCCAAAAAACCUGUCUAUGAUUCAUUCAGAUUUGGUCCUACAGCAUACUACAGCACAGUACAGUAGAGCACAGCAGAGUACAGUACAGUUAAGUAUAGUAAUGAAAAGUAGAGUAUAGUUCAGUACAGUAGAGUACAAAAUGGCACUGCACUCUACUGUGCUCUACACUGUACUGUACUGUACUGUACUGUACUGUACUGUACUGUGCUGUCCUAACCUGUGAAACAUAGACGUCUAUGAUUGGUUCAGAUUUGGUCUGAUCCGGACCGACUAAAUUUGGUUUUGUUUGGGGGUGGAGCUCAUUAGAAUAACACCCAGUAUACUUUGCCAGUGUUCAUUUUUACAUUUACAUUUUUGUCAUUUAGCAGACACUCUUAUCCAGAACUGAAGGAUAUAUUGUGCCGAAUUUGUAUAGCUUUGUCUAAAAGACGUCUAUUCAACUUUCAUUCACAACCCGAAAAUGAACCUGAUUUCAACGUCUGGAAAAUACGUAUUUUAGACAUCUUUUCAAGUAAUUUAGCUCACUGGGAAGUAACAUAGGCUUAAUCUGUGACCGGGAAAGGCCUGGAUCAUAAAUACCAUAGCACAGAUAGGAAUGAUUUAGGCUUGGAGGGGGGUGACCUUAAAUGCUCAGGCUAGGGUUAAAUAGAACUUACUGUAUGAACUGGAGACUGAAGAGUUUAUAAUAACUUGGUGGGUGCUUAUAUUUGUCCUAUUUCACACAUGUACAAGUGUGAAUUAAUUUAAUAUCCAUUUGUGAAUUGUAAAUGUGUUUUUUUGCAUAUCCCAACACUCCCUGAGACGCCCUCGGAGAGUGGGGUCAUGGCCAGGGUCUGUCAUUAUCAACGGAGACCCUGGCGUAAUUAAGGUUGAGUGCCUUGCUCGAGUACAUCAAAUUAUUUUUCACCUUGUCAGCUAGUGGAUUGAAACGAGCAACCUUUUGGUUACUGACCCAACGCUCUAACUGCUAAGCUACCUGUCACCCAGAGGGAGUUCUGCUGAACAUCACCAGAAGUGUUUCAUUCAGGGCCCAGACUGGCUUCAAGAGCCUCUUCAGACUAGAAACAGCUACUUGUCUAGUGUUCUAAGAACAUAAGAAGAUGCAUUCCAGAACAUAAGAACCUGUUCUAAUAGGAACUGACCCAGUCUGGGCUGUUGAUUACAAAGGAUUUAGGAUGCAUUCAAAUUGGAGCCUAGUUUAUAAUGUGUUUGCUCUUGUUUCAUUAUCUAUUCAAGCAGUGGUCCCAAACAGCAACCUUGCCUUUAAGCAGAGAGAUUCAUCUCAUGAGGAGAGAAAGUAUCGGGACUGCUCUGAAAUCUUUCAAGCUGGCUUCAACAACAGUGGAGUAUAUACUAUUCACAUCAACACACAGGAGACUAAAAGGGUAAGGAAAACUAUAUUAUCUUUAGUAAAUAUUAGAGGGGGAAAAAAAUAUGUAAAUUCAAUUAGCAUAAUUUGUAUUAUAGAGGCAUACAUUACAGAUGAUAUAUGCAGGCUUUGCCUCUGCAUGCAAAACAGCAAAAACUGACAUGAAAAAUUCAAGGGCUGCACUUUUUCUUACUGUAACCUACUUUAGUUUACGUGCAAGUGAAGUGGCAGCAAUUAAUAUACGGUACUCUAAAGCCGCUUGCCAAAAGAUUCGACAACAAUAUCCCAGGAAUAUGUCAGGUAUUGGCUGGCUGAUAUGCUGGGUCUGGAAAUACUCUUGGCUGGCCUCUUCACCGCAGCUACAUGGCAGAUGUCCUCCUCCUGCCAAGCCGCAGAUGGCUGACUGGCAGUGUGUUACUGUCCAUUAUCAGCUGUCAGUGUCAAUGGGACCUCCAUGGUUGCACUGAGCUACGUCCCUGGGCUUAGGACACAUUGUCAUUAUGGCCUGAACAUGGUACACAAAACUAAGGACACUCAUCUAUAGUACAUUUUUGUCAUUUAGUAGACGCACUUAUCCAGAACGAUUUACAGGAGCAAUUAUGUUUAAAUGCCUUGCUCAAGGGCACAUCGACAGAUGUUUCACCUUGUCUGCUCAGGGAUUCGAACCAGCGACAUUUCGGUUAUUGGCCCAACGCUUCCGGUUACUGGCCCAACGCUCUUAACCGCUAAGCUUCUUUUACAGGAAACAGUCGUUAUUGUCAUGAUAUGCACUGCAUGUGUGAGAGUAGUGUGUAAGCUACCCAUGUCACUGACUUUCUGUCUCUCUCUCUGUAGGUUUACUGUAACAUGGAGGCAGCAGGAGGAGGAUGGUCCGUCAUUCAGAGGAGAAAAGACGGGACCAUGGACUUCCAGAGAACGUGGAAGGAGUACAAGAUGGUGAGGAGGCCAGGGUGGAAUAUUCUCACAGCAUUCACACUCACAUCUUUUCUGAUUUUGGUGAAUACAUAGCACUAGGGAUUAACAUGGGUAAUCGGGAUCCCGGGAUUGUCCCUGGAACACUCUUCACGUUUACCGGAAAAAAUAAACGACAAGACCCGGGAAAUUACAACAUUUAUCCACAAUGUCUGCACUAAUGAAAUUCCACAGCAAAAGAUUAACAAAAAUUAAAAUGCAACAUUAUCCAAACAGGUUGUCGCAUGGAAGCCAUUAGCCUAGUUUAUUUACUUGACACAAAGUCGCCAUACAAAUUCAAAGAGCACGCAUAAUUGACACUGCCGGUCGUGCUGGACUGCACACAUGACCCGAAUGCAGUUAACGAACCCUACAGGAAACCCCUACAGUAUAGCCUAUUAAAGAACGUGUGCCUCUUUAAGCUGUCAUUGUAAAUCUUCAGACAGUCACACAUUUGAUAGGCCUAUGCACAAUUCACUACAUAGGCAUGUAGUGAAGUCUGUUAGCAAUUCAGAGGCAUGAGGGGAAAUUCUAUCUUCAGAGCCUAGGCUAUUUUCCUAUCCAGUCCCAAUCCCAAUGAAACCCAAAAUCCUGACUCCUGUCUCACUCCUGUUUCUAAUUUUAUUAGGGAAUCCAUAGGUUGCAUUAUCAAAGCACGUCUCUCGCCUAUGCAUGUCAAAAUACCGCUUUCCCCGCUUCUCUGUGCUGUCUCGUACUUGCUGCCCAUAUGAGAGCUUCGGUGUGAUCAACAAACGAUAUGAGAGUAGAAAUUGAUAUUUUUUAAACAGAGUUGGUCCCCGUUAAGAUACCUUGAUAUUUAAACUAUUUCCACUUCAUCUCUCCAUUAUUCAUGAGCAGAUCUGCUAUCUGUAUAAUCAUCAACUUGAUUUUGCCAAAUAUAGGAGAUAUUCUGUCAUUCGUUGAAGGAGGUUAACUUUGGUCAUUUGACUUUUGUUUGACUGCUGUUACAAAGAAUGAUUCGACAAUGCUAUGCUCGGAGUGCGCUCUGUGCGUGCUGAGCGUGCUCUGUGUCGAGAUCUCCUAGGCUACUUCUGUUACUCUAUCAUGACUACAUUUCUGUUUAAUUUGCUCUGAAAUCUUGACAUAGUGGCGCAGCCAAGCCGACAAGGUGGCGCAGCAACCCUGUUAUUUGGGGAGAACCCUAGCAUAGUGACCAUAUCUUGGUUUUAAAAGCUUUAAAUGGGCACUUCCGAUUUUUGCAGUAUAUCCCGGGACUCUCGGGAUAAAUAUGAAUUAUUCCAGGUAUUGAAACUUGGUAGAUUUCGGGAAAAUAUUAAUCCCUACAUAGCAAAAUAUUCCACAAUAUAAAUGUAUAUGUCAAACUAUAACAGAGAAAGGAGCAUUACAAACGCAUAGCAAGGAACAUACUUAGUACAUCCCAAGUGGCACCCUAUAGCCUAUAUAGUGCACUACUUUCGGCCAGAGCCCUAUGGGAAAUAGGGUGCCAUUUGGGACGUAUCCACUGUGUUGCCACUUCCAGCCCCAUUAGGCCUUGACAGAGCCCUGUGGCCUCUGCCUAUGGGCUGAGAUUUGUUAGCAGUGCUGAGUGAGGGAUGGCUGCCCUCCAGUGAGGGGCUAAGGAAGUGUGGAGUAUAGCCUGGCAAAGACACGGGCAUACAAUGGGUUCCCUCUUGACUUCCUCCAUUGAGAAUAGAUGAUUUGCUGUUCAUGGGGCAUGUGUUCGCUCGGUGACCCCUCUGUGGGGAGUGUUUCAUCAUGACACUAAUGGCCUCUGAUUGAACACUUCUGAGAGAAGACGACAGGAGAGAGGAAACUGUUUAAGUUGAGUCUAAACAUGGUGUGCUUAGAUCACCAUUCAAAUGUUGAUAUAUUGUAAAUUGUCUCUGGUAAAAAAAAAAGAUCCAUGCCAAGGUCUGGUCUAGUGCAGCAGACCCCAACACUAUCUUUCUAUCUACUAUAUCUAUCUCUCUAUUACAUUUUAGUCAUUUAGCAGACGCUCUUAUCCAGAGCGACUUACAGUUAGUGAGUGCAUACAUCUUCAUACUGGCCCCCCGUGGGAAACGAACCCACAACCCUGGCGUUGCAAGCGCCAUGCUCUACCAACUGAGCUACAGGGGACUUAUAUACAGUGGGGGAAAAAAUUAUUUAGUCAGCCACCAAUUGUGCAAGUUCUCCCACUUAAAAAGAUGAGAGAGGCCUGUAAUUUUCAUCAUAGGUACACGUCAACUAUGACAGACAAAAUGAGAAAAAAAAUCCAGAAAAUCACAUUGUAGGAUUUUUAAUGAAUUUAUUUGCAAAUUAUGGUGGAAAAUAAGUAUUUGGUCAAUAACAAAAGUUUCUCAAUACUUUGUUAUAUACCCUUUGUUGGCAAUGACACAGGUCAAACGUUUUCUGUAAGUCUUCACAAGGUUUUCACACACUGUUGCUGGUAUUUUGGCCCAUUCCUCCAUGCAGAUCUCCUCUAGAGCAGUGAUGUUUUGGGGCUGUCGCUGGGCAACACGGACUUUCAACUCCCUCCAAAGAUUUUCUAUGGGGUUGAGAUCUGGAGACUGGCUAGGCCACUCCAGGACCUUGAAAUGCUUCUUACGAAGCCAUUCCUUCGUUGCCCGGGCGGUGGGUGUUUGGGAUCAUUGUCAUGCUGAAAGACCCAGCCACGUUUCAUCUUCAAUGCCCUUGCUGAUGGAAGGAGGUUUUCACUCAAAAUCUCACGAUACAUGGCCCCAUUCAUUCUUUCCUUUACACGGAUCAGUCGUCCUGGUCCCUUUGCAGAAAAACAGCCCCAAAGUAUGAUGUUUCCACCCCCAUGCUUCACAGUAGGUAUGGUGUUCUUUGGAUGCAACUCAGCAUUCUUUGUCCUCCAAACACGACGAGUUGAGUUUUUACCAAAAAGUUAUAUUUUGGUUUCAUCUGACCAUAUGACAUUCUCCCAAUCCUCUUCUGGAUCAUCCAAAUGCACUCUAGCAAACUUCAGACGGGCCUGGACAUGUACAGGCUUAAGCAGGGGGACACGUCUGGCACUGCAGGAUUUGAGUCCCUGGCGGCGUAGUGUGUUACUGAUGGUAGGCUUUGUUACUUUGGUCCCAGCUCUCUGCAGGUCAUUCACUAGGUCCCCCCGUGUGGUUCGGGAUUUUUGCUCACCGUUCUUGUGAUCAUUUUGACCCCACGGGUGAGAUCUUGCGUGGAGCCCCAGAUCGAUGGAGAUGAUCAGUGGUCUUGUAUGUCUUCCAUUUCCUAAUAAUUUCUCCCACAGUUGAUUUCUUCAAACCAAGCUGCUUACCUAUUGCAGAUGCAGUCUUCCCAGCCUGGUGCAGGUCUACAAUUUUGUUUCUGGUGUCCUUUGACAGCUCUUUGGUCUUGGCCAUAGUGGAGUUUGGAGUGUGACUGUUUGAGGUUGUGGACAGGUGUCUUUUAUACUGAUAACAAGUUCAAACAGGUGCCAUUAAUACAGGUAACGAGUGGAGGACAGAGGAGCCUCUUAAAGAAGAAGUUACAGGUCUGUGAGAGCCAGAAAUAUUGCUUGUUUGUAGGUGACCAAAUCCUUAUUUUCCACCAUAAUUUGCAAAUAAAUUCAUUAAAAAUCCUACAAUGUGAAUUUCUGGAUUUUUAUUCCUAAAUUGUGUCGUCAUAGUUGACGUGUACCUAUGAUAAAAAUUUACAGCCUCUCUCCUUUUUAGUGGGAAAAACUUGCACAUUGGUGGCUGACUAAAUACUUUUUCCCCACUGUAGAUAGAGAUAUAUAGAUAGAGAUAUAGAUAGAGAGAUAUAGAUAGAGAGAUAUAGAUAGAUAUAGAUAGAGAUAUAUAGAUAGAGAUAUAGAUAGAGAUAUACAGAUAGAGAUAUACAGAUAGAGAUAUAGAUAGAGAUAUAGAAUAUAGAGAUAUAUCUCUCUAUCUAUAUCUCUAUCUGUCUAUCUAUAUAUCUCUAUCUAUAUCUCUCUAUCUAUAUCUCUAUCAAUAUAUCUAUAUCUAGAUAUUUCUAUCUAUAUAUCUCUAUCUAUCUCCUAUCUCUCAUCUCAUCUGUCUGUCUCCCUCAAUUCCCCACGUCAAAAAAGAGUCAAACACAGAACAGAAUUCCCUUUUAAAAAAAAGAGAAUAAAGAUUCCCGAGUAGAAACCCCUCUGGGUCUGCACUUUUAAAAAAAAAGGUUCUACCUAGAACUAUAUAGGGUUUGUCAUCUUGUCCCUGUAGAAGAACUCGAUAUGACAGUAAUUCUUUUUCUAUAGCUCCAUGUGUUGCUGGGAUAAGGCCCUGCGACAGACUAGCGUCCUGUCCAGGGGUUGUACUUGUACAUCAGCUGCCUUACACUACAGAAACAGGAGAUAGACUAGGGGUCUGUCCAGGUGGUGUACUGGUAAAUCAAGCUGCCUUACACUACAGAAACAGGAAAAUAGACUCGCAAUCCGUCCAGGAGGUGUACUGGUACAUCAGCUGCCUCACUAACGAAACAGGAGAUAAUAGCAUCCUGUCCAGGGUGGUGUACUGGUACAUCAAAGUGCCUUACACUACAGAAACAGGGGAUAGGCUCCUGCUCCUAUGAGCCUUUCCGGGUUGGACAAGGCUUAAAUUACGAAUGUGUGCGUGCUGUGUUUGUUGCGGGCUUUGGGAGUCUGUUUGGGAGACUGGCUGGGGAAUGAGUUUUGUGUUCCUGCCUGACCAUCAGAGGCCCUAUAACCUGAGGGUGGAACUGAUCGACUGGGACGGACAGCAGGCCUUCUCCCACUUACGACCGCUUCUACAUCGGCAGCGAGAAGCAGAAUUACAGGUUUUGAUACCAGCAAUGUGUUGUGGGACGUAUUCUUAAGAGUAUCACAGAUCACAGUAGGAGUGCUGUUAUCAGCUAAAAGAUGUCAUUUCCACUUUGAAAAUUCAGACUUGAUUUCCCUAAAGAAAAUGUAUCAACAUCUACAAAAAUGUCCAUGAAUUAUAAUCCACAUAAUAAUUCACAUUCCUGGGUUUCCCGCAGGAUUUUUUCUGCUCUAGCAAACUGGCUCAAAUUAAGAUCCUACAUCUGUAAUGUACCCUAAGUGGAGAAAAAGGAAGUUUAUCGAAUCUCAGCGCAUUGUACAGUACUGUUUUUAUGAUCAUUGGACAUUCCCUGACUAAAUACGCCCACAAUCCUAUUUAAAUAGUCACUCUACUACUCAAUUGUGGUUGUCUUUUUACUUUCUUGAGGGAAAUUUCAGUAGAUUUUUUAAUGAAGUGGGAAUGAAAAUUUGACUUUGUUCCAUCACUGACAAUGAUGUGCUUGGUGUUUGUAUUUACAUCACAGUAACGAUGGGUGGAGGGGACUCUGAUCAUGAUUGUAUCAAUUAAUUUUCGUUUGCUUGACUUUUUGGGCAAUAACUUAUGAUUGAGGUUUUAGGACUUAGCAGAAGAUCAUAAUUCUUACUUUUUCCCUUUAUUUUCUGUUCAAAAACAUUUCGAAAACCUUUUGAGUUUGGGAAAGGAAUCAUUUGGCUUUAGAUUCUUAUUCGGGCCAUUCUGUAGAUGUGAUGGAGAUGGUCCAAAAAAACUAUUUUCACACAGCUUUUUGUAAGAGAGGCUUGCCUCAUUUAAAAUCUUCAGUCCAUUUUGUCCCAAAGCCCAAACCCCACGUACGUAGCUUGGCGUCAUCUUCGCUCCAGCGGGUAUAUCUUCCCCUGGGUCAUCCCCCAAAAGCCAAACCACCUCCUUGGCCGCAAUUCCUUCCAGUUCUCUGCUGCCAAAUGACUGGAACAAAUUGCGAAGAAAUCUCUGAAGCUGGAGACACUUAUCUCCCACUAACUUUAAGCAUCAGUUGUCAGAGCACCUUACCGAUCACUGCACCUGUACACAGCCCAUCUGAAUUAGCCCCCCCAACUACCUCAUCCCUAUAUUGUUAUCUAUUUUGCUCAUUGUACCCCAGUAUCUCUAUUUGCACAUCAUCUCUUGCACAUCUAUCAUUCCAGUGUUAAUACUAAUUGUAAUUAUUUUGCACUAUAGCCUAUUUUAUUGCCUACCUCCAUAACUUGCUAAAUUUGCACACUGUAUAUUAUAUGUAUUUAUGUUGUAUUUUUGACUUUGUUUUGUUUUACCCUAUAUGUAACUCUGUGUUUGUUUUUAUCGCACUGCUAUGCUUUAUCUUGGCCAGGUCGCAGUUGUAAAUGAGAACUUGUUCUCAACUGGUUUACCUGGUUAAAUAAAGGUGAAAUAAAAAAAAUAAAAAAAUAAAAUAUAGAUAGAGAUAUAGAUAGAGAUAUAUAAAUAGAGAUAUAUAGAUAGAGAUAUAGAUAUAGAGAUAUAGAUAGAGAUAUAUAGAUAUAGCUAUAUAGAUAGAGAUAUAUAGAUAGAGAUAUAGAUAUAGAGAUAUAGAUAGAGAUAUAUAGAUAUAGCUAUAUAGAUAGAGAUAUAUAGUAGUUUAUAGAUAGAGAUUUUAGAUAGGCUAUAUAGAUAAGAUAUUAGAUAGAGAUAUCUAGAUCGACGAGAAAUAGUAGAGAUCUAGAGUAAGAUUAGCUUAUACUCGAGCGCUUAGAUACUAGAUAGUCUAUGCUCGCGAUAGCUCUAUCGAUCGCGCUAUAAAUGAUCGUGCGAUAUAGAUAGGUUCUCUGAUAGAGAAUAGAUAGAGAUAUAUCGUUUAUGAUAUGAGAUAUAUAUUAGAUAUAUGAUAGAGAUCUACAGUAUAGAUCGCGAUCUUGAUAGAGCUAUGAUAGAGAUCUCUCGAUCGAGAUCUAGAUAGAGAUCUCUAGAUAGAGAUAUAGCUCGAGAUCUCUCGUAGAGAUACAGAUGGAUAUAUUGCUCGCGCAUCUAUUGAUGCGAUAUAGAUAGAGAGAUCGACUAGAGAGAUAUAGAGCUCAUUAGAUGAGAUACGCUAGAGCUCUACUUGCUGGAUAUAGAUCGCGAUAUCUAGCAUCGAGAUAUCUUGAUAGAGAUAUCGAUAGAGAGAUAGAAUAGAGAGAUAUAGACGAUAUAUCUCUCUAUCUAUAUCUCUAUCUCUCUAUCUAUAUAUCUCUAUCUAUAUCUCUCUAUAUCUCUAUCAAUAUAUCUCUAUCUAUAUCUCUAUCUAUAUCUCUAGCUAUAUCUAUAUAUCUCUAUCUAUAUCUCUAUAUCUACUCAUCUCAUCUGUCUGUCUCCCUCAAUUCACCACCGUCAAAAAAGAGUAAAACACAGAACAGAAUUCCUUUAAAAAAAUUGAAUAAAGAUUCCCUGAGUAGAACAUCCCUCUAGUCUGCACUCUUAAGAAAAAAGGUUCUACCUAGAACCAUAUAGGGUUUGUCAUCUUGUCCCUGUAGAAGAACUCGAUAUGACAGUAAUUAUUUUUCUAUAGCUCCAUGUGUUGCUGGGAUAAGGCCCUGCGACAGACUAGUGUCCUGUCCAGGGGUUGUACUUGUACAUCAAGCUGCCUUACACUACAGAAACAGGAGAUAGACUAGCAUCCUGUCAAGGUGGUGUACUGGUACAUCAACAGGAGAUAGGCUCCUGCUCCUUUGAGCCUUUCUGGCUUGGACAAGGCUUACUUACGAAUGUGUUGCUGUGCUGUUGUGUUGUUGCAGGGCUUUGGGAGUCUGUUUGGAGAGCACUGGCUGGGGAAUGAGUUUGUGUUCCUGCUGACCAGUCAGAGGCCCUAUAACCUGAGGGUGGAACUGAUCGACUGGGACGGACAGCAGGCCUUCUCCCACUACGACCGCUUCUACAUCGGCAGCGAGAAGCAGAAUUACAGGUAGGAUACCAGCAAUGUGUUGUGGGACGUAUUCUUAAAGAGUAUCACAGUAUCACAGUAGGAGUGCUGUUAUCAGCUACAGAUGUCAUUUCCACUUUGAAAAUUCAGACUUGAUUUGCCCUAAAGAAAAAUUAUCAACCUCUACAAAAAUGUCCAUGAAUUAUAAUCCACAUAAUAAUUCACAUUUCCUGUUCCUGCAGGAUUCUUUUCCUGCUCUAGCAAACUGGCUCAAAUUAAGCUAUUACAUCUGUAUGUACCCUAAGUGGAGAAAAUGAGUUUUAUCGAAUCGAAUCUCAGCGCAUUGUAUCGUACCCACAGUACUGUUUUUAUGAUCAUUGGACAUUCCCUGACUAAAUACGCCCACAUUCCUAUUUAAAUAGUCACUCUACUACUCAAUUGUGGUUGUCUUUUUACUUUCUUGAGGAAUUGCAGUAGAUUUUUAAUGAAGUGGGAAUGAGAUAUUGGACUUUGUUCCAUCACUGACAAUGAUGUGCUUGGUGUUGUAUUUACAUCACAGUAACGAUGGUGAGGCACUGGGGACUCUGAUCAUGAUUUGUAAUCAAUUAAUUUUUCAGUUUGCUUGACUUCUUUGUCCAUAACCUUAUGAUUGAGGCUUCUAGGACUUCAGCAGAAGAUCAUAAUUCUUACUUUUCCAUUUAUUCUCUGUUCAAAAACAUACUGAAAAAUCUUUUUGAGUUCUGGAAUGGAAUCAAUUUUGGUCUCUAGAUUCUUAUUUCAUGACCAUUCUGUAGUACUUGUGAUGGAGAUGGUCCAAAACAAACUAUUGUCACACAGCUUCUUAGUGAAAGAGAGGCUCUGCCUCAUUUCACAAUGCCAUUACUAACAAAAUAAACUGUAAGAUCGUAAAAGGGAAUUACCAUAUUCUAAUUCCUUAGAACGAUAACAGGAAGCUUUGUCUCAAUCUGAUUUAGUUCACCCACACACGGAUGUGCGAUCACACAAACGAACACACACGUGUACCAUUUUUACCUGGCUCACAUUUUUGCUAGCCAGUUAAAAACAAGGAAGGAUGGAAGGAUGUACAAAGAGCUAUUAGAUUAACUCUUGAGUAGUAUUGAGAGUGAGAGUAAACAGAGUAUGUCAGUGGAAAUGGAAAAGUAAUUUACAGUACAUAGCAGUCAGUAUAUAUAACCUGUUAGCGGGAAUCUAUGUAAAUAAUGACCAUUCUUUUAAACAUGGCAUAGAGAGGAAGAUCACAGCCUUUAAAAGGAAAGCUAUUCUAUGGAGUGUGGCGUUAAAUGGGCCUACAGCUCAAAUCCAAUCACAUUUUAUUGGUCGCAUACACAUAUUUAGUAGAUGUUAUUGCGGGUGUAGCGAAAUGCUUGUGUUCCUAGCUCCAACAGUGCAGUAAUACCUAGCUAAAUGCUUGUGUUCCUAGCUCCAACAGUGCAGUAAUACCUAGCUAAAUGCUUGUGUUCCUAGCUCCAACAGUGCACUAAUACCUAGCUAAAUGCUUGUGUCCUAGCUCCAACAUUGCAUAAUACCUAGCUAAAUGCUUGUAAUCUAGCUCCAACAGUUGCAGUAAUACCUAGCUAAAUGCUUGUGUUCCUAGCUCCAACAGUGCAGUAAUACCUAGCUAAAUGCUUGUGUUCCUAGCUCCAACAGUGCAGUAAUACCUAGCUAAAUGCUUGUGUUCCUAGCUCCAACAGUGCAGUAAUACCUAGCUAAAUGCUUGUGUUCCUAGCUCCAACAGUGCAGUAAUACCUAGCUAAAUGCUUGUGUUCUUAGCUCUAACAGUGCAGUAAUACCUAGCUAAAUGCUUGUGUUCCUAGCUCCAACAGUGCGGUAAUAUCUAGCUAAAUGCUUGUGUUCCUAGCUCCAACAGUGCAGUAAUACCUAGAUAAACGCUUGUGUUCCUAGCUCCAACAGUGCAGUAAUUACACUUUUACAUUUUAGUCAUUUAGCAGACGCUCUUAUCCAGAGCGACUUACAGUUAGUGAGUGCAUACAUUAUUUUAUUUUUUUCAUACUGGCCCCCGUGGGAAACGAACCCACAACCCUGGCGUUGCAAGCGCCAUGCUCUACCAACUGAGCUCCAACAUUGCAGUAAUACCUAGCUAAACGCUUGUGUUCCUAGAUCUUACAGUGCAGUAGUAUCUAACAAUACAAAACAAUACACACAAAUGUGAUAGCAAGAUGGCGCCGAUAGACAUGGUCGCCCUGUUCAUGGCUCCUAUGCAACUUUGCAGCUCUUCAGAUACACUGGGUUUCAGAGAGCCAGGCUGCCUUCCACUACUACUUAGUUAGUGUGACACAGAGUCACUGUAGAGGAGCCAAACACCUGGUCAACAUACCAUACUGAAGCCCCAUUAAUGAUCAGCCUGACACUUUGAUGGGUCAGAUAUAUGACCACACAGAGGGACCACAUAUAAAUAGAGACGUUAUAAUUGACGAACAACAGUGUUCAGGUAAAAUUCAAUUGUGAUAUGUAUUAAUUUCUUUCAUUAUCUGUGUCAUUCAUAUUCUUGUAAUAGAUGAAUUAAUUGAACAAUGUUUGUUAAAUACAAUAAGAUCAUAGAAAUGUGGUUUCUUGCUGUGAGGCCUGAUGUGUUGAACUAAUCACCUCUCUCUAAGUGACUGUUGUACUGUAUCUAUGAUGGUCUAACAUAGACAUAGUAUUCAACAUAGAUAUGGUAUUCAACAUAGACAUAGUAUUCAACAUAGAUAUGGUAUUCAACAUAGACAUAGUAUUCAACAUAGAUAUAGUAUUCAACAUAGAUAUGGUAUUCAACAUAGACAUAGUAUUCAACAUAGAUAUGGUAUUCAACAUAGACAUAGUAUUCAACAUAGAUAUGGUAUUCAACAUAGACAUAGUAUUCAACAUAGAUAUAGUAUUCAACAUAGAUAUGGUAUUCAACAUAGACAUAGUAUUCAACAUAUAUAUAGUAUUCAACAUGGAUAUGGUAUUCAACAUAUACAUAGUAUUCAACAUAGAUAUAGUAUUCAACAUAGACAUAGUAUUCAACAUAGACACAGUAUUCAACAUAUAGUAUUCAACAUAGAUAUAGUAUUCAACAUAGACAUAGUAUUCAACAUAGACAUAGUAUUCAACAUAGACAGUAUUCAACAUAGUAUUCAACAUAGACAUAGGAUUCAAUAUAUUCAACAUAGACACAGUAUUCAACAUAGACAUAGUAUUCAACAUAGACAUAAUAUUCAAGUCUACUGAUUAAGAAUAGGGCCUCUCUCUUCCGUGAAGUAUCCAUUACCUGGUUCUGGCAAGACCUCAAAGAUGUCUGACUCAUAAACCACAGUUGGACCUGCCGCUUGACAUGCAGUACAGUAGAUGGGGCAAUACAAUGCAGGAUGAGAGAGUGCAAAGUGUUCACAGGGAAGUGUAUAUGGCUUGAAACAAAUGAGGAAACCAACAAUACCCUCAUAAACCAGGAUUUUCUUUAUAAAAGCAACAGGUGUGAUUGGUUUUGAUAUAGUGUACGAGAAUUUCAAAGACACUUCUUUAGAAGGGUACAUAUUCUUUGUAUUAGAUUAAAAGAACAUUGUGGUGGUGAAUUUCUGUCCUCAAGCGUUCGCACAGUGAGAACAAGGGGAGGUACUCGGAUUUGCAUACAGAAUAAUAUGAAAUACUCUGAGACCAGGUUGCAAGGGGAGGUACAUAUUAUUUGUGUUAGAUUAGAAGAACAGUGUGGUGUAUGCACUGUAUGAAAAUGUAUGCACUCACUAACUGUAAGUCGCUCUGGAUAAGAGCGUCUGCUAAAUGACUAAAAUGUAAAUGUAAAAUGGUGGUGAAUUUCUUUCCUCCAGUGUUCCCACAGUGAGAACAAGAACAAAGCAUUCUCCAGCAGCUAAAGGGCAUUCCCAUUGUGUUUCUGCUUUAUUUCCCUCUGUGUUACCCUGGCGACUGUGUCAGGCUGUUCCUGAAGAGUCACAGUGGAACGGCAGGCAGACAGAGCAGCCUGGUCAUCAACGGAGCAGACUUCAGUACCAAGGAUAUGGACAAUGACAACUGCAUCUGCAAAUGUGCUCUCAUGCUCACCGGGGGUAUGUCUGAGGCUAAAGUCCACAUCGACCCCUAAUCACAUGCACUCUGUAUGCACUCCUGUAGAACUGAAACAAUUGGAUAAGUAGACAACAACAACAACCCACCCAGAUUAUGCUAGGCAAGGUGAAAACAUUUCCAACCCACUGACCUCCCUGUCACCAUCACCCACUUUAUCCCCCCCUGGUCUAGAAGACCUUCAGAGCAGGCCGGAGCCAGUUAGCAUGUAUUCAGCACUGUUACUGACAUAUCAAAGCAGAGGAUGCUAUUUUAGCUGGUUAUGCCAGGUGGCAGCCCUCAGCAUUUUACAGAAUGAUUGCCACGUGCCAUGUGGCUGGUUUAGAAGUCCAGGGAACUGGCCAGCAGAAAUGAUAGAAAAUAACAGUACAAUUCCUAUUACAGUGAUGUAAAUGAGUAGCUACAAUCCCAUCAGGAUUUAGAUCAAGAAUGGACAUCAGAAAAUGCAUAGUACAGAUACAUGUCUUUAUUCUUUUAUCAAUGUCUAGACCAGCGUUUCCCAAACCCGGUCCUGGGGCCCCCUCUGGGUACACAUUUUGGUUUUUGCCCUAGCACUACACAGCUGAUUCAAAUAAUCAAAGCAUGAUGAUGAGUAAAUUAUUUGAAUCAGCUGUGUAGUGCUAGGGAACAAACCAAAACAUGCACCCAUUGGGGUCCCCAGGACCGAGUUUGGCAAACGCUGGUCUAGAGUGACAACGAGGUAUUUAAAUCCACAUACAGCAUGCACCUCUUGCCCUCAAUACACUGGGGUGCUUUAGACCCAAAAGUAGCCACAAACAUCAAGCACCAGCUUCCAGUCAGUUCUAACCUAUAACACAGAAUUUAGAUGCCCAUGGAAUGUAGGUUAAAGCAUGGCUGACGCCAACACGUAGCUUACUAGAGUAUGGCUGUAUCCCAAAUGGCACCCUAUUCCCAAUAUAGUGCACUACUUUUGACCAGAGCUCUGGACCAGAGUAGUGCACUACAUAGGGAACAGGGUGCCAUUUGGGACUUAACCCAUAGGUUGAUGAGUUCAGGAGGUGUAGUGGUUAGUGGAUAGAUCACUUGGCAUUAACGGCCCUCCAUAAGACUCCAAGUAGCUGGUCCAAACGUGUUGGGCUCGCAGAGAUUGUUGUAGACUAUUUAUAUUUUGUUAGUUGCCCUCACACUCCUCUCUCACCUGUAAUGAAAGGUCAGAGGUCAGAAUGGGGCAAAGCUAUCCAGAGAGAGGAGUGCUGGAGUCUGCUCUAGUGUUGACGACUUGGCGCUGCAACAAAGCUAUCUAGAGAUAAUCAGAGGUUACAGGGAGGUCACACAGUUAUGACUUUGAUAGUUCCUCUGAUAGUGUAACAUCAUCAAGCCUAAAAUAAAUGUUGUUUGUUUCUCUCUGCCUUUCUCUCUAUGCCUUCAGGUUGGUGGUUCGAUGCCUGUGGACCAUCGAACCUGAACGGGAUGUACUACAAUCAUGGUCAGAACAUGGGUAAACUGAAUGGGAUCAGGUGGCACUACUUCAAAGGGUCGAGUUACUCUCUCCGUGCUACCGCCAUGAUGAUACGACCAGCAGACUUCUGAGAGGACCUUUCGGUGACUGUCGUUGGG